AUGAUUACUGAUUAUGAUAAUGUUUGUGAUAAUGAUUAUGAUGAAUAUUGUGAUAAUGAUUAUGAUAAUGAUUAUGCUGAAAAUUGUGAUAAUGAUUAUGAUAAUGAUUAUGAUGAAAAUUGUGAUAAUGAUUGUGAUAAUAAUUAUGAUAAUGAUUAUUGUGAUAGUGAUUAUGAUACUGAUUAUGGUAGAGAUUAUAAUAUUCAUUAUGACUUGGGGUCCAAGACUGAUGAAGAUAAUGAUGAUCAUUAUGAUAUUGAUGAUAAUGAUGAUCUUUAUCAUGAUAAUGAUUAUGAUAAUGAUUGUGAUAAUGAUUAUGAUAGUGAUUAUGAUACUGAUUAUUAUAAUGUUUGUGAUAAUGAUUAUGAUACAGGUUAUGAUAAUGAUUCUGAAAUUUAG